AUGCCGAAAACGGAGACGCGCCUGAACAUCGACUUCUCUUCGCUUCUCGGGCCCCUGUUCUUCAUGUGGCUCCUCCACCUUUUGCUUCCGGUGAACGUCCACGCAUUGAUGUACGAGAAAGAAAACCAUCUGAGGAUAAUGAUGAAGAUGCAAGGGCUGCACGACCGAGUUUUCUACGUUGUGACGUACUUCUGGCAGCUCCUUGUGUACGUCGCCUUCGUUGCCGUGUUCGCCGCCGGUGGAUCGGCGAUAGGACUGACAGCCUUCACCAAGAACUCAUGGACUGUUCAGGCGGUGUUCUACUUUAUGUGGGGCAACGUCAUGAUAGCCCUCGGCUUUUGGAUUGCGUCCCUCUUCCGCACAAGCAAGGCAGCGGUGCACAGCACCACGGUCUGGGUCAUCGGAACGGGGCUCGUGGCGAGCCUCAUGGUCAGUCAGUUCGUGACGAGGGGCCCGGAAUGGCUGGCGUACGCCAUGCAACUCGUGCCAUCGUUUGGGCUGUACCGCGGCCUGUACGAGCUUGGGCAGUACGCUUUCCUGGCGUCCAGCAACCACGGAGAGGGCCUGACGUGGUCCAAGCUGGGUGAUGAAGGAAACGGAAUGAAGUGGGUUCUGGGCGUGUUCGCGCUGCAGUGGGCGUGGCUCAUGUUCUGGGCCUGGUACAACGACCAGGCGACAUGUACAGACGAUUCCGAGUUCUGUCCAUUACUUCAGGUGACAAAGCGCAGGACUCUCAGCGUUCCCAGGGGCUUGCCGUUUGCCGAUGGCGAAGCCGUGGACGUAGCUGCAGAGCGGUGCGAUGUUGAAAGAUUUUGGGAGCAACAGAGUCUCGGCAAGAAAUCGGACGAGCUGGAGGCCGUUGUGCUGAUGAGGAACCUUCGAAAAGUGUUCCCGGGCCCAGGGAGGGGCCAGAAGAAAGUUGCUGUGGACCGUCUAUCGCUUCACAUCAAUCAGCGCCAAUGCUUCGGACUGCUCGGGCCAAAUGGUGCUGGAAAGACGACCACAAUACGCAUGAUGGAAGGAUUCUCGGAGCCGACGUCCGGAUCGGUCAUGGUCUCUGGGUACGACACGAGAACCGACAUGCGGUCCAUCUACUCGAUCACCGGCGUGUGCCCCCAGCAUGACCUGCUGUGGGGCGACUUGACCGGACGUGAGCACCUGACGUUCUACGGGCGCCUGAAGAACCUGCACGGGGCGGAUCUGGAGGACUCCAUCGAGUCGCUGCUGAAAACGCUGAAUCUCUGGUCAGAUGGCGUGGGAGACCGCUUGGUGCAUUCCUACAGUGGCGGCAUGAAGCGGCGGCUGAGCGUGGCAAUAUCUCUGAUCGGCGAUCCGCUGGUGGUGUAUCUCGAUGAACCGAGCACCGGACUGGAUCCAGCCUCUCGCAGGCUCCUGUGGGACGUCAUCAAAGAAGCCAAACUCAACAAGGCCGUCAUCCUGACGACCCACUCGAUGGAGGAAGCCGAGGCGCUCUGCGAUCGGCUGGGCAUAUUCGUGCAUGGACGCCUGCAGUGCAUUGGAAACCCGAAGGAAUUGACCGCCCGUCACGGAGGCUUCCUGCAGUUCUCCAUGACGACGCCCUGCUCGCAAACGCAGAGCGCCAGCGAGGCUGUGUACGGCAUGUGCCCCUCCGCCCGCCCGGUGUACUCCCUGGGCGGCACACAGAAGUUCGAGCUGCCCGGGGGCGACAUCACGCUCGAGGCCGUGUUCGAGCACAUGCAGGCCGUGCAGAAGCGCGGGCAUCUGAAGGUCCUGGACUGGGGAGUGUCCAACGUAACGCUGGAGGAAGUGUUCAUCAAGAUCACCAGGGAGGCCGGCGUCAAGAUGACUGCCUUCACUUCGUAG